AAUUUAUAUAGUGCUUGUCGGGAUGGUAUGGUGCAGAUAGUGACAUUUCUGAAACUUAAUAAACCUCCUGGAGCAGGAAAUAGCGAUUCAUUAUUUUUUACUUUCAUUUUCAUUUCAUUCCCAUUCUGAUUUUAAAAAAAUCCAAACUCCUGUUAUUCUACAGUGAAUUUUCCACUGGGUUUGAAAGCACCAAAAAUGGCAGACUCUCUCUUUGAUACUCAAAAUCCUUUAAACUGUCCGAUCUGUCUGAAUCUGCUUAAAGAUCCAGUGACUACAUCUUGUGGGCACAGUUUCUGCAUGGACUGUAUUAAGAGCUGCUGGGACCAGGAGGAUCAUAGAGGCGUUUACAGCUGCCCUACAUGCAGGACAGCAUUCAACCAAAGACCAGCUCUCAGCAGAAGCACUGUACUGGCUGAUAUUUUAGAGGGAAUGAAGCAGGAAGAUCCAGCUGGACCUGGAGAUGUGGCGUGUGAUGUUUGCAAAGGAAUAAAAGUAAAAGCCAUCCAGUCUUGUUUGGUUUGUAUGGCUUCUUACUGCCAAGCUCAUGUUCGACCUCAUUAUGAGUCUAAAGCUUUUAAAAUACACAAGCUGGUCAAAGCUUCCCCAAAUCUACAGCAUCAGAUCUGCCCUCACCAUCAUAAAGCACUGGAGGUUUACUGCUACAAUGACCAGAAGUGUAUUUGUGUAGUUUGUAUGGGGAAUCAGCACAGUGGACAUAAAACAGUCUCAGCUGCAGCUGAAAUGGCAAAAAAGCAGGAGAAACUGAAAAUAAAAAAGAGGGAUUUCAUUCAGCAAACCACUGACAUAGACAAGGAGAUUCAGCAGUCUCCGAAAAAUUUGGACUUUCAUAAGCGCUCUGCACAGGUAGCAGUGGAGAACAUUGACCGAAUCUUCACCGAGAUCCUCCGCUCCAUUCAGAACAUACAAGCCGAGGUGAGAGAGAAGAUCAGAGCUCAGGAGAACAAGGAAGUGCGAGAUGCAGAGAGUCACAUACAGAGACUGCACCAGGAGAUCGUCAAACUACAGAAGGAGAAUAGUAAACUGGAGCCACUUUUACAUACUGAGGAUCACGUUUAUUUCUUCCAGAAUUAUGCUUCCUGUUCUAAGUUCAAUCCGCGCACAGCCUCACCCAGGAAGAUUAAUGACGUCCUGACAUUUGAGAAUGUAGAGAAAUCUGUAUCCCGCCUGAAGAUACAACUGGACAAACUCUGUGAAGAGCACAUGGGCAGAAUAUCAAAGACAGUUGCUGAUGUCCACAUAUUUAAAAACAGGUUCCAGAGCAGUAAGUACACUUUUCUAUCAGAAAAAACAAACACACAUUUUUUUAUACUAUAUGCCAUAGGUCGGUCUUGUUUCAAAAACCAAUACUUAUCAAGGAAUUCAAAGAUGCUCACAUUAUACUUCGCAAAUAACAGUCAUGUUUGAGUUCUUUAUACUCACUGAAACAUGCAUGUUUUUUUU